UCUGCUCAGUGGUCGUGGACUAUAUAUCGAAUACAAAUAUCUUUCAAUUAUGUUUUUAACAUCUUUAGAUGUAAGAAAACGUAUGUAGAUAAAUCUCCUGGAUAAAAUACUUUGCAAGGACUUAUGACUCAAGAUGCCACAAAAAUAUUAUGACAAAAACAUGAAAUUACCAGGGAGCGUAAUAGAACGUUAAGUCUUCUGCGUCUGGUUUCUUUUGUGAUGGAGCUUCCACAAGUCAAGUACAAUACCGGUCUGUCCAUACAAAAUGGAGUUCUGCAAGUCGAGCCUACUACAGAAGGGUAUGAGGAAUACCGCGAUGUAGGCAAAGAUAAUACCAAAGAUAAGACUCCACAAAAUUAUUACAACUAUCUCCUUCAAGAAAAAGACAAAAAUCUUCCGAACGAUGAGGUCAAGUUGACACAUCUUUAUCGUGGUCUGGUGGAGCAUACAUCCUCGUUAGGAAUUACCCAGAUAUCAUACUCGAAGGGUCCCGUAAAAAUAGGGUUUUGGGUGGCACUCACGCUCGCAAUGUCAGUUCUUACAAUUUGGAAUGUCUCAACCGUAUUUAUGGAAUAUCUAAAGUUUGACGUCGAUAUGACAAUUGUGGUUGAGCAACGUGCUACACUAGAUUUCCCGGCGAUUACAGUUUGCAACAUGAACUCGAUAAGACUUUCAAAAUAUCUGAGCGACCCUAUGUUGAAUGCGACAUUGAAUGGAGACCCUGGUAGUGAUGGGGCUAAUGCAACUGCUACCUCUACCACUACGACUACCACCACUACCACAACAACGGUUGCCCCUGCUAUUACAACUGCUGUAUCCAAAGGGAAUGGGAAAAAUUCCAAAACGAAAGGAGGGACCAACACUGAUACGUCCAAGGGUAACGGCAAAACAGAUAAAAAACCCAUUAAUGGUAACGGAAACAAGCAAACAAAUGACAAUCUAGGGGAAGUUGAUCCAAUGUUUGCAUUCCAAGAAAGAGUUUCUGAGAUGCUUGCCAAUAUGGGUGAAUCGGAAAAGGUCCCUAUGGGUCACCAACGUGAGGAUUUUAUAAUCGACUGCAAAUACAAUGGCUACGAAUGCUUCAUAGAUCAGUUUGCAACAUUUUACAACCCAAAACAUGGCAACUGCUACAUAUUUAACGCUGGUUGGAACAAUUCCCAAUCAAGGUUUACUUCCUCAAGACCUGGCCCUUUUUAUGGUCUACAAUUGACAUUCAACAUUGAACAGAGUGAGUAUAUAGGAAAACUGACUUCUACGGCGGGUGUAAGAGUCCAAGUACAUCAUCAAAAUGUCAUGCCGUUCCCAGAGGACGAAGGAAUCAAUAUCGUCCCAGGACAGUCGACGUCUGUAGGAAUACAAAUGCUGAACUUACAAAAACAAGGGGGUAGAUACAGUGAUUGCUUUGAUGAUGACGUGCGGAAUGAACGGAUGAACGUCUAUGAGGAGUAUUACAAUGUAAAAUACAGUAACCCUGUAGCACGCUGCAUACAGAAUAUAACUGACCAGUAUAUAGGGGGGAAAUUAAGGUGCUCCUGCUAUUCUGCCUGCAACGAAACGUUGUACAAAACGGAAGUAUCAUCUGUGCUAUGGCCAGCCGAUGCUUAUAAAGAUGAUCUCUUGGCGAAUUUGGCUCUACGCUCACCGAGUGCCAGCGCCGUUGUCAGCGAUGCCGAUACUGAUGCCUACAAGCGUAAUUUUGCACAUCUUCAAAUAUACUACUCGGAGUUCAACUUCCAAUCUAUUGUUGAGAAUAUAGCUUACGACGAGGGCGCUUUAGCUUCGGAUCUUGGAGGGGCCUUUGGAUUGUGGUUGGGCGCUUCAAUACUUACGAUAUGUGAAUAUAUAGACUUCAUAAUGGAUGUAUGCGUAUGGGCACUUCGCAAACUAAAGAAAAAGAUGACUGUGAAUAAAGUCGACAAACAGCCCAGCUAGAAGGCGACAUCAAACUAUGAUCAUAUAAUUAGUCAUAAACAGCUAGUUACAUACAGGGUGGUCCAAAAAUGGGACACUCAUAUUUCAAAAAUAUUAUUGAU